UUGCCAUGUUAUUUCUUCAUUUUAAAGUACAGACAGCUUGAUAGCUUAAAAUAAAAAAUAAAUACAAGAAAUUUAAUCCCACGUCAACAAACGCGUCGAUUGGGGCCCACCGUUAGUUGUCCGAUAUAUACGCGCCAAUAGCUGCGAAAAUUACUUGUUCCAUAUAAGCGCUUUGCUGACGUGUAAAUUCCGAGUAUUUUAAAAAAACAAUAUGUUGUACUAAUUUUGACGCGGCUCCCUCCGAAGGUCCCUAGAAGUUUCUGCUGGUUCUGGUUCUUUCCGGGCUUGGGUAGUCUUUAUAAACACCCACAGAUCACUUUGAUUUAAUCAAAAACAUCAUUAGGAGAGGUUUCUGUUUAAUUUUCUUCAAUUUCUUGGAAGAUCUUUCUGUUCAGUUUUCUUUGAUUUCUUGGAAUAUCUCUCUGUUCGGUUUUCUUAAAAUUUUCUGGAGUCGAUUUCUUGCCAAUGGCUGCAGUGAUGAGUUCGCAGUAUUGGUGCCAUCAGUGCGAACAGACGAUUGUGCCAAUUCUUGGAGAUGACCUCUGUUGCCCGCGCUGUAAUGACGGAUUUGUUGAAGAAUUGGAGGCUCCAGAACAGAGGCAGGCUGAGCAGCAAGAACAGCAGUCUCCCGUUGAACGCAUGGACCCCCGAUUUAUGGCUCUUUUAAGCGGAGGAAGCUUUAGGGCACAGUUGGAGGGGAGCUCAGAUGAAAGGGCAGCAAGAAUGCUGGUGCUGGAGCAGCCGCCUGUGAUGAUGCAGCUGAUGCAUGCUUUAGGGUCUGCAAUGGCGGAGCUGCAUCUGAGCGAGGAGGCUGAGCAGGAAGAAAACGGCGGCAGCGGUGUGGUUGUGGUGGAUCCCAUGGGGGUUCCCCUGUUUAUGCUUCAGGGGUCAAAUACAGGGGUUUCAACUUCACCGCUUGUUUCAGGGACUCUGGGGGACUAUUUCUUAGGGCAGGGUAUGGAGGCUUUGCUGCAGCGUUUGGCAGAGAAUGACCCUAAUCAUUAUGGAACACCCCCGGCGGCUAAAGAGGCUGUGGAAGCCCUGACUGUGGUGAAAAUUACAGAGGAGCACUUGAAGUGCGAGUUGUCUUCCGAGUGUGCGGUUUGUAAGGAUGAAUUUACAGUUGGGGAAGAGACACGUCAGCUGCCAUGUAAGCAUUUGUAUCAUGGUGACUGUAUCUUUCCCUGGUUGAAGAUGCACAGUUCUUGCCCUGUGUGCAGGUUUCAGAUGCCUUCAGAGGAGGGGUCGGGUAAGGCCCAAUCUGAGGAGAACACGUCGGAGGGAGAGAAUGGGAACGGUGGAAGCAAUGAUGGGAAUGACGGUAACGGAUGGUUUAGAAUAUCGAUGCCGUUUAAUAUCAUCGGUAACCUUGUUUCUUCUGCUCUGCGACAUGGGAAUAAUAAUAACAGUGAUCAACAAGGUAACAAUGGCAAUAAUGAGGCUUAGCAGGUCAAGUCCUGGGGUGGAGGGUAUUCAGCGUUUUUUUUGGUUGGGCUUUAUUUGUAAAUAUCAGAUAUGAAAUUGGAAAAAGAAAGGAAACUACAAUUUAUUUAUUUAA